AUGGGCGACCCAGGACCAUCCUCGGUUCCUGCCACGCGACCUUGUCGUAUCGCCAACUGCUCCGGAGCACGCGGCGAUCCAGGAUACCAGAUGCUGCGCCAGGCCACUUAUGGACCUGUCGACUUCAUCACCGGCGACUACCUUGCGGAGAUGAACCUCGCCGAAAAUGCCCAGAAGAUGGCAGCUGGCAAGCACGAUGGCUGGGAACCGACUGCUUGGGAUGGCCUGGAGCAGACGCUUGAGGUCAUUAAAGAUAAAGGUAUCAGGAUCAUCAUCAAUGGAGGAGCGCUGAACCCCAAAGGUCUGGCGCAGAAGGCCCAGAAAUUAGUCCAUGACCGAGGCCUGGAUCUGAAGAUCGCCUAUGUUUAUGGCGAUGACCUGAUGGAAGAAGUCAAAACCAGCCUAGAGAAGACAGGUAAAUUGCCACAGCACUUGGACGGAGAGAACGAGAAGGUUUCGCUGGCAGAACAUGCCACAGACUUAUUGGACACCAAGGGAAAGCCUAUCGUGAGUGCAAACGCGUAUCUUGGUGCACGAGCCAUCGUCAAAGGCCUCGAGCUAGGUGCCGAUGUCAUUAUCUGCGGAAGAGUUGCAGACGCAUCCCCAGUCAUCGGGGCAGCCUGGUACUGGCACAAGUGGUCAGACACAGAUCAUGACCGACUGGCCGGAGCGUUGGUGGCAGGGCAUCUGAUCGAGUGCUCUGCGUAUGCGACGGGGUCCAACUUCUCGGGAUUUGAUGAAUACCCCUUGGAGACGUUCGUGGAUCUAUGUUUCGGUAUUGCAGAAAUUGCCGAUGAUGGGACCUCGAUCAUCACCAAGCACGACGGGACUAAUGGCCUCGUCAACGAGGAUAACGUCAAGUGUCAGUUCUUGUAUGAACUCCAGGGAGGCACGUACCUCAACUCAGAUGUCUCUGCCGACACGACGGAUAUUAAAAUCAAUCAGGUCGGCAAGAAUAGAGUCAAGCUGUCAAACAUCAGAGGAUACCCACCGCCUCCAACCACCAAGCUGGCCAUCUUUUACCACGGAGGUUACGAGGCGCAGCUCCUCACCAAUGCCACCGGGUAUGCCACCGCCGAGAAGUGGAAGCUGUUCGAGACACAGAUGCGGCAUGCUCUCAAGCAGAAGGGCCUCAUCGACAAGUACCAGCUGCUGGAUUUCCAAAUCCUGGGCACCCCGGAAGCGAACCCGAGAUCUCAGUUCUCCAGCACGACGUAUUGCCGACUGUUCGUCCAAGCCGACACAGAAGCGGCGAUAUACGGGUUGGUGAAGGCGUGGAGCGAGAUCGCGAUGCAGCAUUUCUCGGGCUUCCAUCUCUCUCUGGACUACCGAACUGCACUUCCGAGAUCUUACCUUGCCUUCUACCCAGCUCUGUACCCGCAGAACGAUCUCAAGGAGGGAGUGGCAAUCCUGUCCGCGGACGGAGAAAAUGCUCAGACUGCAGACGCCGGCCAUCCUCCACAGUAUCAAAAGCUGGCACCACGUGAAAAUUACGAGACUGCACAUCCCGUCGACCUAGCCUCCUUUGGGCCCACACGUAAAGCGCGUCUCGGAGACGUCACCCUUGCCCGCUCAGGAGACAAAGGAGCGAACAUCAACUUCGGCAUCUUCGUCCGCCGUGCCGAACACUACCCGUGGCUGCAGACCUUCAUGACGCGGUCCAGGCUCCAAGAACUCAUGGGCGAUGACUGGAAGGAUGAUUUCUUCAUCGAGAGGAUGGAGUUCCCUAAUCUUUGGGCGGUGCAUUUUGUCAUUUAUGGACCCCUAGGCCGAGGCGUGAGUAGCUGUCGCCUGCUGGACGCUUUGGGCAAGGGCUUUGCCGAUUACAUUCGGGAUAAGGUGGUGGAUGUUCCGGAGAGGUUUUUGGAAGACGUGGACGCUGUCAAGAGGGAAAGGAGGGCCAUGUUGUGA